AUGUCUUCCGUCCCUCGUGUGCUGCUUCUAGGAGGCCAUGGAAAGAUCGCAUUAUUUCUAACCCCUCUCCUCCUUGCCCGCGGAUGGGACGUUAUCAGCGCCGUUCGCGAUCCAAAACAUGAAUCUGAUAUCCUCAAGUUUAACAGAGACGAUGGCAAGGGCGGGAAGGUGACCGUCUCCAUCUCUGACCUGGAGAAGGUAAAGAGUAGCGAGGAUGCGGCCAAGGUCAUCACGGCGGCCAACCCAGACUAUGUCGUCUGGGCAGCCGGAGCUGGAGGCAAAGGCCCCGUCGAGCGUACAUAUGCUAUCGACCAAGAGGCUGCCAAACACUUCAUCCACGCAGCCAUGUCCAAGCCUAGCAUCACCAAAUUCCUGCUCAUCUCACACAUUGGCAGUCGUCGUAAGCCCGCUCCCUGGUGGACAGCGGCAGACUGGGAAUCAGUAGACCGCAUCAAAGCCGCGCUACCAGACUACUACAAGGCCAAGCUUGAUGCAGACGAAUACUUCUCCGUCAUCACCGCCCAACGCAAGGAGAAAGGCGAUACUAACUUCCAGGGAAUCAAUCUACGUCCCACGACUCUAUCCGAUGAUCCCGCGACAAAGAAGGUCGAGUUCGGUCGAACUGGCACCGGAGAAAGAGCGCCGAUUUCGCGUGAAGACGUGGCCAUUGUGGCUGACAAGGUUCUGGCUCGAUCUGAUAUCCGAGGGUAUCAAGACUUGAUCCAGGGAAAUACACCCGUUGACGAGGCAAUCGAGAAAACGGCCAAGACACAGCUUUGCUGUUUCGAGGGAGAGGAUCUGGAGGCGAUGCGCGAAAAGUUCAAGGGACAGAUGCUUUAG